AUGGCAAAAGUUCAGCUCGGUUACUGGAAAAUUCGUGGUUUGGCCCAGCCAAUCAGUAUGAACAAGGAGAUGGUCCUGAAUUCAGCCCUUCCCUACUUGAUUGAUGGCGAUAUAAAAAUCACUCAAAGCAAUGCUAUUCUUCGCCAUAUUGCUAGAAAACAUAAUCUUGAUGGUAAAGAUGAGAAAAGCAAAGUUCUGGUGGAUGUCAUGGAGAAUCAAGCCAUGGAUUUCCGUAAUGGCUUUGUUCGUCUUUGUUAUGGUCCAGAUUUUGAAAAGAACAAGGAAGCCUAUUUGAAGAACGUUGUCAGUAUGCUGGAGUUAUUUGAAAAAUACUUGGCUGAUAAAACUUGGUUUGCUGGUAAUGAGAUCACUUUUGUUGACUUUGUUAUGUAUGAGUUGCUGGAUCAGCAUAAACUUUUUGAUGCAAAGUUGCUGAGUUCUAAACCGAAACUUACAGCUUUCCUUGAUCGCUUUGAAGCCUUGCCCCAAAUCAAGGCUUACAUGGCAACUCCCUGUUUUAUGGCACGACCCGUCAACAACAAAUCUGCAAACUGGAAAUGA